AUGGACACCAGAGCUAUUCUGAAAGCUUCCGGUUAUCUUAUGCUAACGGUCAUCAACAUCCCAUCCAAUCUGUUCAUCUGCUGUGCCUUCCUUCACACUCGUCUGACUGAAGCUAAGCUCACUCCUGCUGAUGUCAUACUGUGCCACCUGGCCAUUGCCAACCUGACCUCAGCUUUAACUCGCAGUGUCCCUCAGAUGCUGACAGCAUUUGGCUGCGAGAACUUAUUUGAUGAUGUUGGCUGCAAACUCUUGUUUUUCUUCUACCGCACAUCAAGAACCCUGUCCAUAAAGUUUACCUGCCUCUUAAGCACCUACCAAGCCGUGCUUGUUGCCCCUGCCACCUCCAUACUUGACUCCCUAAAACACAAAAUCCCAAAGAACCUGCACAUCAUCAUUGCAAGCCUCUAUGCCAUUUCCUUCAUAUGUAGUGUUCAUCCAAUUCUGUUUACCUAUGCGAUACUUAUCAACAACACCAUACCCCCUUACACAUUUAUUUAUGAAUACUGCUAUCUCACAUUUCCAAAUUUUACUGUUUAUAUUUCCAUAGGGUUGUCCCUCUUUUUCAGGGAUUUUUCCUUCAUAGUAAUGAUGACUGUCAUGAGCUGCUACAUCCUUGUGCUGCUAUAUCGGCAUGGUAAAAAAGUGAAGAACCUCCGAAGUUCAGACCAUGGAAACUCGGGAUCCAGAGCAGAGACCAAGGCUUCCCGUGCAGUGGUCACUUUGGUUAUCCUCUACACUGUCUUCUUUGAGGGAGACAAUGCAAUCUGGCUAUACUCAUUGACCAUCCUUAGGGUGGCACCUCUUAUUUCAGACAUCCGGGGCUUUUUUGCCAUCCUUUAUACAUCUGUAUGCCCUGUGGUAGUCAUUGUUACUAAUCCUAAGGUGAAGGCCAAGCUGAAAAUGACCAAGUUCAGGGUUUUGCCUCAUUCAACGAAUACCAGCUCUUCAACUUUGUGA